UUGAAUAUUUGAAAAUAAUGAAUAGUUACGGAAAUACCAGAUGGUCUGAAGAUUGUUUUUCGCAAUGUGGAGAUUGUUCGCCUUGUUUACAUUUUGAUAACAAUAAUGACUCCACGCAGAAUAAUUAUUCCAAAAGAUUCAUGACUGUAGGAUCUGUACGUUACGGCGUUCGGUUGGGUGCAGUGUCUCCACCGCCACCGGGUGCAGGACCACGGUAUCGUUCCCAAUGCUGUUGGCCCUCUUCCCCCGGGCCCCUUUCCCGGAGCUCGUUUUUCGGUGGAGCGUCUCCUAUUAAUAGUACUGAUAUAUUUAGCUAUGUAAAUCGACUGAGAAUCACUGAGGAUGACAGUACGUCAGAGUUGGCCGAACAGACGACUUCUCGUCACCGAGUUUUACUCCAAUCUUCAUUUGCCUCGUCGUCGACUACUUGUAAUAAUUCAUCUUCAACUGUUAUUUCUAAUUUUUCCUCAAGACCAUCGGUCAAAAAUCAGUUGCGACGACGUGUUCUUCAGCGACCUCAAGUUUACUACACGAGACUGUGCGAUUGUCAAGACGGAGAACUAACAACCCCAGUUACUCCCCUAGACACCCUGGAUCGCCUUCCGAGGUUUCGCUUCGGUGGCAAUAGAUCUGUUUCUAAUAGUAAAGAGCGAGAAAAAAGAAGCAGCGAAAGAUUGAAAGAACUCACAGACCGACUAAAAAACUGCAGAGGACCCGUGCCACAGAGGCACGCGUCCUCUCCUCCUGUACAGCCAAACCAACCUACUAAUCAGGAUAAUGAAAAAUCAAGCGUCGAUGACAGAGAAAAGUUCAGAACAACACCUCUGAGAAGUGCGUCUUUUUCUCAAGUCGACUACUCAUCUGAUGAUAAAAAAUACGUAAGAAGAAGACAACCGUCAGAAGCAUUGCAUCUUCUAUCGGAAGAUUCACUAAGUCAGGCCGCCUUAACAUUACCAAGACUAAGGAAUCCGAAGAAAGACGAAACAAAGUGUCAGGCUCUUCCACCAUCUGAAGAUGUCGAAGUAACCGAUUUAUGCAAACGAAUCUACAAACAAUGCCACGAAGAUAAAAUAAUCGAAUCAUUGGAAGAAGUUAGUAAAGAACUUGAUAAUGACUUAAACGAUUGUUUUGUACGAAAUAGUGACAGUGCCAUUCGAAAAUCAAACCAAAAAAACAUCGAAGAGGAGAAAUGGAACAAGUCCAAGCGUAGAAAGGGUAUGUACAUUUCGCAGUGGCCAAACAACUACGAAGCUAACGAAUCACCUGCUGUCUCGCCAUCGGCUUCUGAAAACGAUUCGACUUGUAAAAAAGAGAAGUCAAACGUUGAAACAGGAGCAAAUUUUAAUAUUUAUUCGAAUGAAAUUCCAAAAUUAGAAAUAAGCAAUAGUGAAAAAUCAGAAAAUUGCGACGUAUGGAACGAUCCUAAUCAGGAAGAACCCCAUAGUCCCGAAGAUAAUUCUCUUAACAUAGAGUGGCCGUUUAUAAAGUCACAUAAUUCUGAAGAAAAAGACGGUAUCUUACUUAAAGUAAAAAAAGACAACAUCCAGAGAGCUGAUUCAUUGUCUGAAGGAGAGAACGAUUCUGCCGAACGUAAAAGUGAUCAGUUUCAAAUUUCACUUGCUUCGGAUUUAUCCGACUGUGAGGGCCGUAGUGGCAGUAGUACAGGAAACCACGACACUUAUAGUCCAAGAAUAGCAAGAAGAUAUUACAAAAGACCACUUCGGGGACCAUACGGUCAAAUGCUGGAAGCUGAAAUGAGUAAAAACGAAGCAGGUCGAAAACAGAUUUCGAAUGACUUAAAGUUUCUCGAAGAUCUUCACGCGACCGUUGAUUUUCUCACUGCUGCCUCCUUAUCGCCCAGCAGUUCUGUUUGUUCGAGUGAUACCAAGUCAAAAUACUCGGCACAGAUGAGAGGUUCGUCCAGUCAUUCCAUAGGCGAUUCUCAAUUGAAAAAUAGCCUCAACACAUCCGGUUCCAGUAAUAAACAAUCAAAUCAAGCUGUUAAACGUAAAGUUAGUGCCGACUGUUCCAGUAGUAACGAUAAUGAACAAAAACUUGUGGUGAAUCAUCAACGUACGACUUCUAGCCCUUCAAAAUUAGAAGGCAUUGUCCCUCCAGAACCUUCUAAUGAACUUUUGGAACAGUUGCUCAGAGGCAGUUCCGAACAACUAGCCGCAAACGAUGUCAAUCUUCAGAGGAAUAAAGACACACGAACUCAUGUGGUGGUCGAACUUUACGACACGGAACGAUCCUACGUAGAAUCCUUGCAGAUCCUUGUUACAAAAUACUUGGAACCUUUGAAAAAUCCCGAAAAUGCUAUUUUACUUGAUGCAUCCCUCGUAGAUGAAAUAUUCUAUCAGAUACCGACAAUAUUGAGUCACCAUCAAAAAUUUUUGGAAGAAUUAAAAGGACGGUUAGAACAAUGGGACUUGAAGCAAAAAGUGGGCGACAUUUUUUUGGAGAUCUUUUCUAGAACGUCCGUUAUCGAAAGUUAUACAAACUACGUUAAUAACUGGAAAAGGGCGCGAGAUAUAAUAAAGAAUGCUCAACAAACUAAACCUGCGUUUGCAAGGUUUUUAGAGACAACAGCACGAGAACAUAAGGGAAAAUUGGCUUUAGACUCUCUGUUAAUAAAACCCAUCCAAAAAUUCCCAAAAUAUGAACUCCUUUUACAGAGAUUAAUAAAACACACCGAUCCUUCUCACCCAGAUUAUCCUCUACUUCUUAGUGCUCAAAAAGAAGUGCACGAACUCUUGCUAAAAAUUAAUUGUACAGAAAGGGAAGCUCUUGAACUCGAGCAACUCAGAGAAAUAGAAGGACUAAUAGAAGGUCUUAUAGAAUUGGUAGCUACAGAUCGUCAAUAUUUAAGACAUGAUCUAGUCACAAUGACUGCAGGGAACGGUGCCCGUAAAGAAAGGGCAUUGUUUUUAUUUUCCGACCUACUUCUUGUUACCAGUAUUAAGCGUAGAAGUGGCACCAUAAGAAAGCCUUCUGCAGGUCAGGGGUCAGUCACUGGUGUUUUGGAAGCAAAUAAGUAUAAGUUGUUAAUGAGAAUAUCGUUAGAUGAUUUAGAGAUAGUGAAAGCCAAAGAUGAGAAUCUUAGGCAAAUGAUGAUAGAGAUUGAAAAUUUAACUGAUGAUAUUACGGUGCUCAAUCAGAUCAACGAAUUAGCUUGGUCUCUCCAUUGUACUCAUACAGUUUUGGACGAAGUAGUGAAAGAAAUGCUCGAAAAAUUAAAUAAACAACUGUCGGAUCAACAAAAUAGCGAUUCUCAACUUUCAUGUCUGGAUUUGGCGGUAAAUACUUCGAAUGGUUUAGAAAACGUUUCGGUAGUUUUCUCAAAACCUGAAAAACGAACAUCAUGGGAAGAAACAUUUAACGAAGCUAAACAUAAAUUAGCAAUAUCUGGUGAUAGAAGACCCGUUCCAGAAUUGGUAGCUACAGUACCAAUUCGAAAGACCAGGGCCGGUCUUCAAUUUACAUGUGCUGCACCUACGUUAACCGAUAACAGAAGAGACGUUUGGGUUUGUAAUAGCGAUGGUUAUGUUGGGCAAGUUUGUGUUUUAAGCUUACAACCUGAACCGACUGUUACUUCGUGCAAUGGGGUCUGUAACGCACGAAUUGUUUGUAUUGCAUCUGUACCUGGCAUUAGUAGCAGAAGCUCGUUAGGAAGUAAAAUAAAUCAUACGAAAGAAUCCAAAGAGGAGCAUAAUACCAUUCAGUUCGACAGUAGUUCUUCAAGUGACGAAGACGAUCGCAGUGACUUUGAAGAGAACGCAGAAACUAGUGCGGUAUCGGGUGGAAACUACAAAGCAAUCGAAACCACGAGUAUCGACUCGGAUGAUUUGGAGAGUCAGCAAUCAACGAUGUGGUUAGGUACAGAAGAUGGUAGCAUUCAUGUUUAUAAUUCCAGCGAUAACAUUCGAAUAAAGAAAAAUAAAAUUAGGUUACAAUUAGGAUCUUCAGUUCUUUGUAUUAUUUAUUUGGAUAACAGAGUGUACGUUUCGUUGGCCAACGGUGAUAUUAACAUCUACGAGCGGGAAUUAAACGGAACCUGGAACGUAUCGAAUCCUAUUUCAGUGGCAGUCGGAUCUACAGCAAUGCCAGUUACAAAAAUUCUUCCAAACAUGGGAAAAUUGUGGUGUAGUUGCGGGAAUAGUGUAAAAAUUUUUAACACAUCGUCCUUAACAGUAGAAACUAGUUUCACUGUUAACAACGAAUCAAACAAACCGAUAAACUGUAUUAUAUUAUCAGGAAACGGGCUAUGGUUAUCCUUACAAAAUUCUGCAGUUAUAAAGUGCUUUCAUGCAUAUUCGUUCGAAUUUCUGUGUGAAGUAAACGUAGCACCGGCCGUUACAAAAAUGCUGACAAGUUGCGAUGACAUUAUUCGACAACAUAAAGCCGCAUGUCUUCGCGUAACAUCGCUGUUGGCAUGCAAAGAUUUGCUCUGGAUUGGAACAUCGGCAGGAGUACUUUUAACGAUGCCGUUACCCCAUAUUGCAUCUUUAACAACUAAAAUGAAUAUAACUCCAAAUAUUGCCGGCGUCCCUUACGGACACACAGGCCACGUCCGAUUUAUAAGUCACGUUGAAUAUAAUGGUAUAAAUACUGAAAGCACUUACCACCAUCGAUACUCUUUUAAAGGAAAACAAGAGCAGAGAAAUAGCGCGAAAGUCUUAGUGAUAUCAGGAGGGGAUGGUUAUGAAGAUUUUCGAAGUUCAAACUUGUCCGAAGUGGCAGGCAGGGAAGACUCUACGAAUCACCUGCUUUUGUGGCAUAUUUGAUUUAAUUUUAAAAAUGAAUACAUAUCUAUAUAAAAUUUGAUGUACUAUGUAGCUACAUACAACUACUACAAUAAUGUGAUGAUCACCAGCCACAUGUGCAAAGUGAUAAUUGCAUUUUCAUAAAAUGUGUGAUAAUAAUCUUAGGUUUUUUUUUCUUAUUAUAAUAACAUUAUGGUCAAUAAUAAUUACUAGUUCGUUAUCACCUACCAUCUUGUUCCUAAUUUCCAUCAUUUACCGUCAGCGACGUCGAAUCACGAUAUAUUACGUUCGAAUGGGAAAUAUAUUAAUAAAUCUGCCGGCGGAUUUAGUGAUAUGCCAUAUCAUUAUUUUAAGAAUGGCUAGUAGCAUCGAGGAUAUUUUUAAUAAUUAUGUUGACAAUAUUUACGUUAAUUAACUCACUUAUUGUUUUAUAGGAACUAUUUUUGUAUAAGUUUUACAAAUAAAAAUUGCUAUU